UUAGGUAUCAGACAACUGCAGUGUAUCCUGCUCAAAAUUUCGCUGCUAGUCGGCAUCGAAGUGCACGAGAACGUGGCUUUCGUGGACUUGAUAGAGCCGCCGGCCGACCAGACCAACGAGCGAAUCGGUUGGAGAGCAUCUGUGAUCCCGAGUGACGACCCUGUGUCGCAAUAUGAAUUCGAUGUGCUUGUCGGCGCUGACGGCAAACGCAACACGUUACAAGGUCAGUUGAAUAAACAUUUUUGUUUCCGUUCUUCUUUCAUUCCUGGCGCGGAAAAAAAGAAUGCCAUGAAGAAUCACCAGCCUCGGAAGCCGUGA